AUGCAACAGUAUCUCUCUCAUGCGGCUGCUCCCCAAUCGGAGCUGCUCCGUUUGCCAGUGAGGGCAGCCUUAGUGGGGAAAUCCGCAAAGAGGAAACUGCAGGACUUCAGAGAUGAGAAACAACCGCAUCGCGCGGAGAAGGGAGAGGAGGACGGGACCGGCUGCAGAGGGACCGGGAAAAGCCAGGAACCUGAAAAGAGACCUAAAGCAGGCACAUCAGCUUCUUUCUCGGCUAGCGCCGAAAGUCGAGAAGCGAAGGAUGAUAUCCACGUGGAACUGCAAGGAUCUGAACUCUGGAAAAGAUUUCAUGAGAUCGGCACGGAAAUGAUUAUUACCAAAGCCGGCAGGAGAAUGUUUCCCUCUGUCAGGGUGAAAGUGAAGGGUCUGGAGCCAGCGAAACAAUAUUACGUCGCCAUUGACGUGGUCCCUGUGGACUCCAAAAGAUACAGGUAUGUCUACCACAGCUCCCAGUGGAUGGUGGCUGGGAACACAGACCACUCCUGUAUAACGCCCAGGCUCUAUAUUCACCCGGAUUCCCCCUGCUCGGGAGAGACCUGGAUGAGGCAAAUCAUCAGCUUCGACAGGGUGAAACUCACCAACAAUGAGAUGGACGACAAAGGGCAUAUUAUCCUGCAGUCCAUGCACAAGUACAAACCCAGAGUGCACGUGAUUGUGCAGGAUUCCAGAUUUGAUCUGGCCCAGAUCCAGUCUCUGCCAGCGGAAGGGGUUAAAACCUUUUCAUUUAAGGAAACCGAAUUCACCACUGUAACGGCUUAUCAAAACCAGCAGAUUACCAAACUGAAAAUAGACAGGAAUCCCUUUGCUAAAGGAUUUAGAGACCCUGGGAGAAACAGGGGAGUGCUGGAUGGACUUUUGGAAACAUAUCCAUGGAGGCCACCACUUACUCUGGAUUUUAAGACCUUUGGUGCAGAAACCCAAGAUGGGAGUUCUGGUUCUUCACCUACAACCUCAAGUGGUGGGACGCCAUCUCCUCUGAACUCCUUGCUUUCUCCAUCUUGCUCACCUCCUACGUUUCACUUGUCAGCGAGCAACAUUGGAGGGUCAUGCCCUGAAACAUAUCUACAUAAUCUCAAUUUGCCCCUUUACUACAAGAUUUGUCCUACAAGUCUUUUGAGACAACAGUCACUUGUAUUUCCAAGCCACGAAAAACUGGGAGGCACUCCACAUAUUUUGCCCCACUUCAUGAUGGAUGUGCCUGUGCUAUCUUCCCUUGGCAUAACAAAUCUGAAAAAUGGUAAAUCUGAAGACUUAACUGGGCAGUGUCUACAAGUACCCAAUUCUGCUAAUCAAAUGUUGUAUGGAUUACAUGCAUCUGGAAACAUUUUCCCAUCAAGUCCCAUUGCUCGGGAAGCACUUAAUUGUUCUUUACAUUCUCCAUAUGGCUUGUAUGGUUAUAACUUUUCUAUGCCAUCUAGACUGAUGAACGCAACAAGCCAUUUCAAAGUGAAUGACAGCAUUCCGACUUCUUUUAGAGAUGGCAGAUGUAAUCAUUCUAUCUGGCACUCAGCAAUUAACCAUUGCCUCUAAUGGAACUAUAUAACGUUUCUAACGCAGUGACAUGUAAGCAAGUCUUUUCUUCAGUCGUUCCCAAAGGUUUGCUGAUUAUUGUAUAUAAAGUGCCUCAUAAUACAGGAGUGACCUGCCUCGAUAUUUAAC